AGGGUUAAGGACCUUCGCCCCCUCCUCCCGCCUCCUCCCGUCUCCUCCCCCAGGCUCUUCCUGUCCCGCAAUUGCAACACCCCAUCUGCCACUCUCCCUUCCCUCCCACCUCCACUCUCCUCUCUGCUUUGGUUUUCUCUUACUUCUCAGGACUCGGGCUCCGGCUCUGGCCUUCGGGGGGUGAGGUCUCUGGGACCAGGCGGCGAGCUUCACCCCAGCCCCUCCCCCGCGGCGGCCCAGCGCCCCUCUCCCCGCGCGCGCCCUUCUUGGGACCUCCCGGCCCCGCGCAUCCCGGGCUCCGCCGCCGCCGCCACUGCCUGAGCCCUGAUGGGGGAGUGAGAAGCCGCACUGGCCUGACAUGGGCCUCCCCACCGUGCCUGGCCUGCUGCCGCCAUUGGUGCUCCUGGCUCUGAUGGUGGAAAUAUACCCUUUAGGGGUUACUGGACUUGUCCCUCACCUCAGGGACCGGGAGAAGAGAGCUGUUCUGUGUCCCCAUGGAAAAUAUCUUCACCCUCAAAAUAAUUCCAUUUGCUGUACGAAGUGUCACAAAGGGACCUACUUGUACAAUGACUGUGAGGGCCCAGGGCUGGACACGGACUGCAGAGAAUGUGAAAACGGCACAUUUACUGCUUCAGAGAACUACCUCAGACAGUGCCUUAGCUGCUCCAAAUGCCGAAAAGAAAUGUACCAGGUGGAGAUUUCUUCUUGCACAGUGUACCGGGACACCGUAUGUGGCUGCAGGGAGAACCAGUACCGGUAUUACUGGAGUGAAACCCAUUUCCAGUGCCUCAACUGCAGCCUCUGCCUCAAUGGCACAGUGCACAUCUCCUGCAAGGAGAGACAGGACACUGUAUGCACCUGCCACGCGGGCUUCUUUCUAAGAAAGAAUGAAUGCGUCUCUUGUGCUAACUGUAAGAAAAACACAGAGUGCAUGAAGUUGUGUGUACCCAUCUCGGAAACUGUUAAGGACCCGCAGGACCCAGGCACCACAGUGCUGCUGCCUCUGGUGAUCUUCUUUGGUAUUUGCAUUUUAUCCUUCUCCAUUGCUUUAAUGUGCCGCCAACGGUGGAAGCCCAAGCUCUUCUCCAUUGUUUGUGGGAAAGCAACACCUACAAAAGAGGGGGAGCCUCAGCCCCUGGCCACAGCCCCAGGCUUCAGUCCCAUCCCCAGCUCCACCUUCACCCCCAGCUCCCCCACCCCCAGCUCCACCUUCACCCCCAGCUCCAUCUUCACUCCUUGUGAGUGGUCUAACUUCAGGGCUGCAUCCGUCUCCAGAAAGAUGGCCCCAUCCUACCAGGGGGCUGGCCCCAUCCUCACGGCGGCUCCCGCCUCCACCCCCAUCGCCACCGCAGUUCAGAAGUGGGAGGACAGCCCCCACACUCAGCGCGCAGAAGCCGCGGAUCCCUCGGACCCCGCGACGCUGUACGCCGUGGUGGAUGGCGUGCCCCCGUUGCGCUGGAAGGAGUUCGUGCGGCGGCUGGGGCUGAGCGAGCACGAGAUCGAGCGGCUGGAGCUGGAGAACGGGCGCUGCCUGCGCGAGGCGCACUACAGCAUGCUGGCUGCCUGGCGGCGGCGCACGCCACGACGCGAGGCCACGCUGGAGCUGCUGGGCCGCGUGCUCCGCGACAUGGACCUGCUCGGCUGCCUGGAGGACAUCGAGGAGGCGCUGUGCGCCCCCGCCUCGCUCUCGCCCCGCCUCCUCCGGUGAGGCCCCGCCCCGCCCCGGGAGGGCCUGCUCUGAGGACUGCUGCCUCCCAGAAGGCGGGGCGGCCCAGAAGGACGGCGCGAGAUACCCUCCGGAUCCCCUCCUUAUGGACGAGGGACUUGGAGGGGCAGGCAUCAACUGGCAGCCACCUACUCGGUGCUACUCCCUCAGUGUACAGAUUUUCUCCGUUUUUGGAGCACUGCCGGAGGGUCAGCCUUGUGUGUGUGACAGAUGUGUGCGUGUGUGGUCAUGAGAGAGAGAGGCUGAGUAUGCCAGGAGCCCAAGCCCGUGGUUGUAGAGAUGAGGGGCGCCGUGCCUCAUCACCCACAUUGGGUUUGGAAAACCCAGCAAGGGAGCUUAGGGGCCUCUGGUUGGUCUCUAGGCCGUUGUCACAAUAGAUAAGCAACCUUUUUUUUUUUAUCAGUUAUGUUACACUAAUAGAGACUGGGCACCCCUCUGCCUGGACAAGCACAGAAUGAGCUGAUGUGUCCGAAGGCAGGGCAGGCACAGAACAACGGGGCGGCCAGCUGGAGCUGUGGAUUCUUGUAAAUACACUAAAACUCUGGAAUUAAAGCUCUGCUCCUGAA